AUGCCCAGUUCUAUACCACAGACCGCGCAUCCCCAGCCGGUAAUGGAUGAUAUAUCCACCCGCUCGCCCUCUGCUGACCCUCAGGCCCAGGGCGGCAUGACGACGGCUAUGCCGUCCUCCAAGGCCAUGUAUUCGACCCCAAACCGUCCCACAUCACAGGCACCGGCCCAGAUGCAGGCUCCAUCCCAGGCCUCACCCGUUUACCAGACACCCAGCAGCACUCUUUCACCACAGGCAGCCGCCCGCGAGCGUGCCCGUGUCACUAUUCUUUUGGACAUCAAUUCGGCUCUAUUACAGGAAGUGGUCAACCUACAGGCUAGCGGCAAGGCCGGGCCUGCUUCGAACCAGCCCAGUACCACAGGCUCCCCGUCGUCACCCCAGGACGCCCAAAAGUCAAGCAAUGGGUCCGAUAGCGCAAAGGCGGUUGCGCCCGCGGGAAAGCCGUCGCAGGAAUAUGUUGACUGCAUGCGCCGGCUUCAGGCAAACCUCGCCUACCUCGCAACGGUGGCAGACCGCGCAAAGAAGACUGGUGCCACCGGGCCCCAGACUCCCGCUAUCAUGACACCACCACCGCAUCUCCCCUCGCUCAACCAGCUCUACACGUCUCUCAACGAGCUUUUCACCGCUACCACCACCCCUGGCGGCACCACCACCACCGCCGCCGCCACUACCACUACCACUACUGCCCCUGUGCCGACACCAAUGCCACAAACUGGCAUAGGUAGUCCAAUGACCCCCCAGCAGCAACAGCAGCAGCAGCAGCAGCAGCUCUACCGGCAGCGCCAGGGCCAGAUUCAGAUGAUUCAACAGCCCGACUUUUCCUAUCCCGGCUCCGCUGCUGGAUGA